AUUUGGACUAGCGGCAACAUUUGUGUAGAUAGGCUCACGCAGCAAGGAUGUGUUUCUUGUCCAUCGUAGUAGGGCUGAGUAAAAAAGAUAUUCGGUGGUCGAUAAAAUAACAACAUACUUUUUUAAACGCGUGUAACUCUGGAAUGCAAACUUCUUGAUUGAAAAGUUUUACAGUAAUAUACUUUGAUUACGCUUCCCUUCAUGACGGUAAAAAAUACUAGAUUUAAUGUGCAGUUGUGAUUUUUGCUUGUGUUUUUCUUUGUAACUAAGCAUACAUUACAAUCAAUGCAACGUUUAAUCACUGUGCAUUAUUGUAGUAUGAGAAAGUAUCUAGAAAACAUAGCUCUUUAGAGAAAUAAGGCAAUGUGUGUGGAUCUUAACAUCGACUCUUAUAAAGAGUGAAGUAUUAAAGUUAUUGAGUGAAAAAGUUUGUGCAAAAUUAGGUCAAAAUGUGUAUGUGUUUCUAGCAUCAUAAAUAAAAAGUAAAAAAAAAAAAUACAUGUACGACCAAGUUAGUACAUACAACAAAAUCAAAGCUUAAUUCAUGUCUCAAAUCUGAAGAGAAUAUAUCUUCCAAACUGCUAACAUCAAGCAGAAUAAUCAAUUGCGCAUAAUUCACAAAACUUGUUAUGAAUGGACGAACACGGGUUUGUGAGCUAGAUCAUGAUUGUGUAAAUCAUUACGUUGCAGCACAAAGUCAUAAAUCGGCCAUUGUCAGGAAUGCACAGCACUGAAAAUGUUGCUGUGGAAUCAAUCAACGACCACACAAUCAAUGUACAGCCGAUUCGAACUCACCAUUCCGGCAGCGUGUCAGCAACAACAAUGGGACACACGACAGUUACACCUAAUACACCCGCCACUACGAUCCAAUCGUCGGUCUCAGCCACUGCAAACCUGGUUGCCGCGACCGGCUUAGCCAAGGACUGUGCCGGGUGCGGGAAGCGUAUAACCGAGCGCUUUCUAUUGAAAGCACUAGAUAUCUUCUGGCACGAAGAUUGCCUCAAGUGUGGUUGCUGUGAUUGCCGCCUGGGAGAGGUCGGCUCAACAUUGUAUACUAAAGCGAAUCUUAUCCUAUGUAAGCGAGACUACCUUAGACUAUUCGGCACGACUGGAUACUGUGCCGCUUGCAACAAGGUGAUACCGGCAUUCGAAAUGGUAAUGCGUGCCAAAAACAAUGUCUAUCAUCUAGAAUGCUUCGCAUGCCAACAGUGCAAUCAUAGAUUCUGCGUUGGCGAUCGUUUCUAUUUAUGUGAUAAUAAAAUUCUAUGCGAAUAUGACUACGAAGAGCGAUUGGUGUUUGCUAGUAUGGCCUGUAAUCCGUCUAGCUUGGCGCAUAUUCGGAGGCAAGUUAGUAAUUUACAGCCCACUGGAGAAAACCAUCUCGCGAGUGCCGGACGUUUGCCACCAACCAGUAUUAAUCGAUCUCCAUACGUAGCAGAAAAGGCCGGAUUGGUCCAACAACAACAACAGCAGCACCAACAAUCACCAUCUCAACAACAACAACCCUCUGCAACAGUUGCGGUAGCGACUACAUCAUCGGCAACGUCGAUAGCACCAACAACGUGCGAAUCACAUCCAUCCUGCUUACCAGCUACUUCGUCCUCAAUGCAUCAAAUCCAGCCCGGAAGUAGCAAUCUUCAGCAGCAACAUUCCACACAACAGCCGCAACACCCACAGCAGCAGCAGCAGCAACAACAACAGCAUCAUCAUCAUCAUCCAAGCAACCCGGGUCCACAUCGAGACGAUGGUUCCAGCGGCUAUGGAAGUCCCGAUUCAGAAACGUUCGAAAUGUCCAACAAUCAAUGACGUUUGAUUUCGGGCAUUACCAAAAUGUGCUGAUGAUGCACAAAAGAAUGUUUUUUGUUUGCGACAGUAACGCGGUAACGGAAAAGUUAAGUUUGGUGCAUUUUUACGUUGCAAACUUUUACGUAAUUAUUGGAAGGCGACUCUAUGUACUCAACUCAAAAGUUCUAGUCAAAUUAGAUGAGCCAACAGUUUUCAUAGCAGGGAAUCCAGCAGCUAAAUAAGAGUUUCUCUUGGUUGAAUAUAGGCUCAAUUUCGUUCCUAUGCUUUUCAUUAUAGAUAAAAGGAAUGCAAUCUUCUUUUCUUGCUCCAAUUUAUUAUCUAUAUAAUAUGAUAGCGAACGCCUUAUCACAAUACACUGGCGAAUGGCAGCGUAACGGCGAAAAAAUAGGAAAGCACGGUACCGCAGGUAAUACAAAUCCGGUGGCAAAUAUAAUAAAUAUCAAAGGUUUAUCAACGGACUUCACAUGUCCAUACGCAAGGAAAUAAUUAAUCGAAACGACUUUCGCCCUCACUAUCACCAAUAACUCUAUUAAUCUGGGUCUUCCAAAGACUGUCCUGCAUUAUGAAGUACGUGCUGAUUAUUUUUUAAAUUUUUUUGUACCGUUGAAAACUUUCCACUGGCCCAUUAUUUUAAGUCCCAUUACAUUCCUUAGUUUAUCAUUAUUUUUAUAAAACUAUAUCGACAAAAAGUUCAGUGCAUAGUGAUAACUAUGUCGAAUACUUUACAAUGUUAUCGAAAUAUUCAUAUGUAUUAUUUCGCAGUAAUAAAUUGUUGAAUAAAUAGUUUGAA